CACUUGAAGUAUCACGCUAAAAAGUUGUUUAUUAAAAUUUAUUUAUUGUGUUAUAUUUGUGGAAUUAAUAAUUAUUGUAAAUUGUUUUAAAUUUAUUUUUAUUACAUCGAGAAAUGUUUUCAAAGCAAAAUACUUUUGGUGCGUCUUCAUCGGGAACUGGCUUUGGAACUUUUGGCACAACAAAUAAUACGACUUCACCUUUUGGUCAAUCAUUUACAAAACCGGCUGCUACUUUUGGACAACCAUCAGCAUUUGGGACUCAAAACACAGGAUUAUUUGGAACUCCGCAAACUUCUACUGGACUUUUUAAUACUGGCACAACAAAUACAUUUGGAUCAACUGCUGCUGCUCAACCAACUUUUGGCGGUUUCAAUCAACCGCAAACAUCAAACACAUUAUUCGGAACACCACAACAAAAUACUCAACCAACACUUUUUGGACAAAAUAAUACAAAUGCUUUUGGAGCUCAACCGAAACCUGCUUUUGGGUUCAAUCAAAAUCAGCCCAGCAAUUCAAUAUUUGGUCAAACAACAGCAGCUUCAUCAAGUUUUGGCUCAUUUGGAACGCAAAAUCAAAAUACAAGUGUGUUUGGUUCAGCAGGUACUGCAUUUGGGCAAACUAAUCAAACAGCCAAUGCAGGCACUUCAAUUGCAAAAUACCAGCCUUCGAUUGGAACAGAUACCUUAAUAAAAAAUGGCCAACCAAACAACGUUAGCACUAAACAACAUUGUAUAACUGCUAUGAAAGAAUAUGAGAACAAAUCCAUUGAAGAAUUACGAUUUGAGGAUUAUUUAGCUAACAGGAAAGGAACCCAAGGAGGUUCAAAUAUAUUUGGUCAGCCAUCAGGUUCAACUGGCUUGUUUGGAACGAACACACAACAAGGAACUGGUCUUUUCGGUCAAACUACGGAUAAUAAAUCGGUUUUUGGUACUGCAAAUACAUUAGGAACAGGAAGUGCAUUUGGUCAAAAUACAGCAACCACCUUUGGGCAAAAUCAAAACACAGGUGGCUUAUUUUCGAAACCUUUUACCAGUGGAACGAACACAUUUGGUGGUUUUGGUUCAACCGAUAAUACUUUUGGGGCAAAACCAGCUUUUAAUCAACCUGGAGGAACAAAUCUUUUUGGUCAAAAUCCGAUACAAACAUCUACGGGCUUCGGUCAAACGCCAGGCUUCAAUACUUUCGGUCAAGGAAAUACACAACCUUCACUUUUUGGAAAUACAACAACCGACAAUAAGGGUGCAUUUGGUUUAUCGUCAGCAACAUCAAAUACUGGAUUUUCAGGCUUUGGAAAUAAUUCAACUACGACAUCUGGUGCAGGAUUAUUCGGAAAACCGACAGGGUUUGGUACUAAUACAGGAUUUUCGAAUCCAACAUCUACGAGCGCAUUUGGAGCAAGUACAUUUGGAGCAAAUACAAAUGCAUCCUUGUUUAAUGCAGGCGGCAUGAAUAAAGUUCCUUCUACCGGUUUUGGGGGCUUUGGAACUUCGCAAGCUGGUGCAACCCUUGGAGGUGGGCUGAACACCGCAAAUACAGGUCAAAGUAGUUUAUUUUCCAAUACAAAACCAGGUGGUCUGUUUGGAAACAAUACUUUAGGCGGUGGUUCUAUUUUUGGAACUAACAACCUACUAAGCAAUACUAACACUUUACCGACAUUCAAUUCUGGAUUAACAAACACAUCUUCAUUUUUGGGAGGGCAAACUCAACAACAAGCCAGUGUUCCAGUACAUCAACAAAUUUUAGCAAUGUCCACUUUACCGUACGGAGAAAAUCCAAUAAUUAAAGAUAUGAAACUUUCAAAUAAUUUUGACUUGGAAAUAUUAAAACCAACAAAUCCUACAGCUCAAAAAGCAAUUUUAGAAAAUUCAAUGAAUAAUUUUAAAGUUCAAAGUAAGUUUUCUUCUGGAAUAAAAACAAAAUCAGUCGCAGAUAGCCUUACAAAAAAGUCACUUUUUGAUGGUUUAGAAAGUUUCGAUAAUUCUUUGGCCGAUAACUUCAAAUUAAAAAACAAUGCUAAGAGAUUAAUAAUAAAACCAAAAACUGAGCACAAUCAAUCACUUACUUCUGAUUUACAUAAUAAAGAAAAUUUACAAGUGCAUAGAGAAAAAUCAUUAGAAAUAACAAAUGUAGUUAACGAAACAUCGCCAGAUAAAAAUUUAACAUCUUCCUUUUCUGAAACAAAAAAAAAUUCAUCUAAGAGAGAUUCAUGGUUGAAUGCUACAUAUUUGGACAUUUCACAAAAUAAUCAAAAAUCUUAUACAAAAUCCGACUUGAAUUCAGAUGAAACAAUAGAUAAUUCAAGUUUGUUAAACGAUGAAAGAAAUAAUUCAGCUAAUAGGAGUGAAAAUAUUGAAAGUGCGGAAGAAUUAAACGAUGACAGACCAAGUAAUCCAGCCGGAGUAAUACUAAAUAGAGUUGGAUAUUAUAUGAUACCAUCAAUAGAUGAAUUAGAGUCUUAUAUGGAUGAAUAUGGUAACUGUGUGGUUCCGACCCUAACAAUUGGAAGAGAACGUUACGGCAACGUUUUCUUUAAUCAACCUAUAGAUAUAACAAAUAUGAAUUUUGAUGAAAUUGUUCAUAUACGUUAUAAACAAAUCACAAUAUAUCCUGAUGAUGAUUGCAAGCCUCCAGAAGGUCAAGGUUUAAAUAGGGAGGCUCAAGUAACAUUAGAUCAAGUAUGGCCGGUAGAUAAAACUCUGCAUGAACCAAUCAAAGACGUAGACCGACUUAAGGAAAUGAAUUAUGAAGGAAAAUUAAGAAAUGUUUGUUAUAAACAAAAUAUGCGAUUUUUAGAGUAUAAUCCUGAAACAGGCAGUUGGGUGUUUAAAGUGAAACAUUUUUCUAAAUAUGGUUUAACAGACACGGAUGAGGAAGACGAUGCUGUGCCAGAUACAAAAAAAUUAAAAACAAAUAAGGAUAUAGAAAACCCCAAAACAAUAAUCACCCUUCAAAAAAAAGAAACCAACCAAGAUGAACAAAAGGAAAAAUCAUUAAAGCCUAAAUCAGUUCAAGAAAAUGGUGGCUUAGUAAGCAGUCCAAAUUGGAAUAUGAGUUUUAAUACUUCACAUAAGGAACCAGCAACCGACACUCAUAAAUUACAAUUAAUGAAAGCAUCAUUUUUUGUUGACUCCAACAUGGAAACUGAAUCCGUUGUAUCAGAGAAAUCAUAUGAAACUACUGAUCGAUUCUUAUCAAAAAAAAUUUUCGAUCAAGAUUUUUCGCCCCAACAUGAUAAAUACAACGGAACAAAUUUUGAAUUUCACCCUCCUUCAACUAAGUUACACGAAAUUUUUCAAAAAAGAAAUGUAGAAGAACCAGAAAUUGAUAUUUCUAUCAAACAAGAAGAUUUACGUCUAAAACCCAAAAUUGCAGCAAAUAAAAUUAAUAGUAAUGAAAUCAUUCUAGAAUCAUCAAUAUUAUUAAAGGAUGAAGGGAAAUGUCUUGCAGAUGUAGCUCUAAUGACAGGUUACAGGUUUAAAGUUUCAUUUAACACACUAAAUAUGUUUAUGGCGCCAACAAGGAAUGACGUUAUAAUAAACGGUGAAGAAAACAAAAAAAAAGUUCAUAACUCAAUAAAAAUGAUUAAUUGUUUUGAAGUGAAUUAUCAUAAAUUUAUAAUGGAAGAUAAAUGUAUAAUACCACAUCUAGAAAUAUAUCUUGAUCAUGCGGUAAGAGAAGAGGUUGAAUUAAGUGAUUGUCCUCAUUUAAAAUGUGGUGGUGAUUUAGAACUUUUACAAUUACACGUUAAUGUUUCAAAUAAGAAAAAUGAAUUUCAUAAAAUUUGGAAGUUAUGUUUGGCUCUUUGGGGUAAUCAUGAAGAACUUGAAGGAUAUGAUGUUGCCAGUCACCAUGUUAAUAUGAGCCGCCGAAGUUUAUUAUCAAACUGGUUUGAAGAACAAACCCAAAGUAAAAAAUCUGCAAAAGAUAUUGAUAAUUUAAACAGAUCAGAGGUUAUAUUAGAAAAAUUAUAUACACAUCAAGUAAAUGAGGCAGCAAAUUUAGCUUUUGAAAACGAUGAACCAUUUCAAGCAUUACUUAUAUCACAAAUUUCUAGUGGGGAAGAUGUAAGACAAUUGAUUCAACACCAACUUGCGACAUGGGAGCAAUUUGAAAUUGAUGAACACAUCGAUAACAAUAUUUUAAAAAUAUUUAUGUUAUUGUCUGGAACGCAAGUAAUGUCAACAAAAAAUGGCCCAGUUGAUGUACUAGAAAAUCUUGAGUGGCUAAAUGUAGUGGCUGUACACUUAUGGUAUCUAUUACUCCCAACUUCUAGUAUAAUGGAUGUUAUUAAUACAUAUGAUAAGAUAUUUAAAUCAGAUGAUUUUCUUGUUGUACCACCAAAACCAGAUCAUAUUAAUUAUGAUUUGUAUAAACAUUUUAAGGAUAUUUUUGAUAUAAAAUAUCAUUUACUACAAUUGUAUUCCAAACGCAAUUAUUCAGUUGAAAAUAUUGUUAAUCCUUUAACAUAUUCAUCAGAUUUAUUAGAUUGCAGUAUUAGUUGGUUAAUAUUACAAAUAUUAGAAGUUAUUGGCUAUACCCAUUGUUCUGAAUUGAAUCUGGAAAAACUUCAUUUAGCCUUUGCAGCUCAAUUAGAAAAUUAUGGUUUUUGGACAUGGGCAGUUUUUGUUCUAUUACAUAUAAAUAAUAGAGAUAAAAGAGAAAUGAGUAUACAACAGUUACUAUAUCGUAAUAUUGAAUUAAAACCAAAACAGAAAUAUACAGAUGAUGAAAAAUUCAUAAUUAAUCGAUUAGGUGUCCCAGAAAAAUGGAUUAAUUGGACAAAAGCUCUUCGAGCUGGUAUUCAAAGAAACUAUAAAUUACAAACAGAUUUAUUUUUAAAAGCAGAACAAUGGCAUUCUGCGUAUAAAGUUUUAAUGAGACACGUUGUACCAGAUGCUAUCAUCAAUGAAAAUUUUCAAUAUAUUUGUGAUUGUUUAUCAGAAAUAGAUAAUAAAUUUAAGAUACCCAAUUGGUCUAAUGAAGGUCAUAUAAUAUUAUCUUUCAUCAAUAUAUGUACACAGCUUACAAUGUCAAAGUUAAUUCAUAAAAAGGAUAUGAAAUCAAAAUGGAACUCUCUUAAUCCAAUCAUUUCUGAGAUAUGUUCCCGUUUAAAUCAUUUUCCUUGUCCAACAUCCAAACAUAAGUUGUGUCAAAGUGAAAUGGCCCAAAAAUUGACCUGUUUAAUUCGUACAUUUUUAUUAACUUGGCAAGAUGAUAACACCAAUAAAAUAUUAAAAAUGACGUUAGGAAUGCUACCCUUGCCACAAGAAUUCUUACAGCAAGAGUUAAGAUUUCUUUUUGCCAAUAUAACUGCAAACGCAUGAACUUUUGGAAACGGAAAAGGAAUUAAUUUUUACUAAUAAUCUUUUAAGGAAUAGAAAAGUUGUUUAUAUUAAAAUUAUAGUAAAUAUAAAAAAAUUUAUUGUAUUGUUUUAAUCUUAUGUUCAAAAUGCGCUUUAAAAUUAAAAAGUAUUUCUUAAAAGAAGUUUUUUUUUUUAAAAGAAAUAAAGUUUUUGUUUGUAAUAAAUUCAA